GGUUUGUGAGGAAUGGUUUUCUCGAAUGUGUGAUCCUAUGAUGAAUGCUGGGAUAGCACUGGAUUGUCAUGAUGCCACAUUCCAUCACUGUGUGCUGAGAUUGCAGGAUCUCAGAAAUUUGGUAGCUUCAACCAUGAGGGACAAUGCCCGCGGAACACAAACUUCUGAGAAUGUCCAUACUCUUCGGUUCAGAUUAGCCGGAGAUGUCCUGAAAGUCCUUCGACAUGCUGCCUUGGCCUUGUCUAAGAGCCAUGAACCUGAGGCUUUGGCUGGUCUUCAGAAGUGGGUUGUGACAGCUUUUCCUACCUUAUUUACUGAAGAGAUGCAAGCAGGCCCAGAAAGAAGUGGAGGCAUGGGAUUUUUCUCAUGGAUGACUGGACUAAUUUAUCAAGCUCGGGGACAGUAUGAGAAAGCUGCUGCACAUUUUUCUCAUCUUCUACAGUCAGAGGAUGCACUUAGUUAUAUGGGUGCUGAUGGCAUCCAAUUUGUUAUUGCACGUGUAAUAGAGAGCUAUUCAUCUCUCUCGGACUGGAGAUCUUUGAAUAUAUGGCUUGCAGAACUACAAACACUUCGUUCUAUGCAUGCAGGGAAGGAUUAUUCUGGUGCUCUAACAGCAGCUGGCAAUGAAAUAAAUCUGAUUCAUGCUUUAGCAUGUUUUGAUGAAGGAGACAUCCAGGCAGCAUGUGGCUAUCUUGAUUUGACACCUAAAAGUAGUUGUGAACUUAGUCUAGAUCCAAGACUAUCCCUAGAGAGGAGUGAGCAAAUGCUUUUGAGAUCAAUGCUAGAAAGGAAUGAUAAACCAGAUAUCAUCCUGGGGCAACUAGAAAAGGCUAAGUUGAUGCUGGACGAAGCAUUAUCUAUUGCUCCACUAACUGGAUUGGCAGAAGUUGCCGCAUGCGCUACACAGCUUCAUUGCAUAAUUGGUUUUGAAAGCAAGUACCAGUGUAGCAAUGAAGCUGAAGCAAGACAAAUGCCACCAGUUUUAGAAUCUUUACAACAAAUGUUGCACUCACCAAUCAGUAUGAUUCACCAAGACUGUAGUUUGUGGAUAAAGAUCUUUCGUGUCCAUUGUACUGUGCUACCCACUUCUUUAACAACAUUGCUUCUGUGUCAAAAAUUGCACAGAUUAGCUCGGAAGCAAAACAAUUUUCUAUUGGCUAAUCGAAUGUCCCAGUACUUCAAAGAUCACCUGAUGGCAUGUUCCGAGGAGGACACAGAUAUGUUGGCACUCAAUUUGCGAUACGACGGUAUCUUACUAAAGUAUGCUGAGGGGAAGCAUGAAGAGGCUCUAAUUAGUCUCUGGUCAUUUGUCCAGGCUGACAUGCUGUCUUCAACAUCUCAUGCUUUGGAAACUGGUACAUUCUUGAAAGCAAAGGCUUGCUUGAAACUUUCCUCUUGGUUAAGACAAGGUGGUCUGGGCACAAACUUGAGAACUAUACUUCUAAAGAUGCAUGAAGAUUUCCAAAAAUCCAAUGUAGAAAAUAGUUCUUCAAUCCAUAUCAAUGGGCCCUAUUGUGCUGAUUCUGACAUGACUUGUGAUUCUAACUUGAAUGCCAUACUUGAAGAGAUAGUUGGUUCUGCUAUAAAAUUAUCUUGUCAUCUUUGUCCCAGUAUGAGUAAAGCAUGGUUAUCUUAUGCAUCUUGGUGUUUUGCUCAAGCUAGUGGCUCCCUGCCUGAACUCGGUACUGUUCUUCAGUCAUGCUCCUUGUCGCCUGUUCUUCAACCUGAAAUCUCAAUAUACAGGUUUCAGUUGACAGAUGAAGAGAUAUCUUUAGUGAGGGCCAUAAUCACUAGAAUUUAUAACAACGCUGGAUAUGGAAAAUGUGCAACUGACUUAGAUGACCAAUCAGAAAUUUCCUCCCAUUCCGAGAAGGCAACCUUUAUAAAUUCUUUGGUUCAACAAACAGCAUGUCUUUUGCAAGCAGCAUCAGGAGCAUCUGGCUUCAAUACCUUAGAAGUUGAUGACUCAGCCGCUGCUUUAUCAUCUAAGCUGCAGAUGCUUUUUCUUGAUAUGCAUGUGAUUAUAGAGGAUGGCAACAUGGCUUCUAUUAAUGAAUUGGUUGACAUUUGGCGCUUGUUGCGGCAGAGAUAUGUUUCACUAUUUGGCCAUGCUGCCCGCGGCUUCUUUGAGUACCUUUCAAAUUCCUUCCCCAACCAUCAAGGAAGUCACUAUGAGAACUUUCAUCUAGAUGUUUCAAAAGAAAAGGCCAAAAAGAGUUGCACUUUAAGGGCUAUGCUGUUCAUCCUACACAUUCUUCUGACCUAUGGGGUUGAGUUGAAUGAAGUUUUUGAGCUAGGCUUUUGCAAAAGUUCCUCUCCUUAUUUGGCAGGAAAUCACACCCCAAUUGUUUGCACGGUUAAGUUCUCAUCCUAAGCAAGCUAUCAGGAAUCAAUUGGAGAGGGUAUUGUUGAUGCUAGCAAAGCAGUCACCUUGGACUGUGGUGUAUCCUACACUAGUGGAUAAAACUGCUUGUGAAGGGGAGUGUUCCGAGGAGAUCCAGCAUCUAUUAGACUGUUUGUAUAAACUUCAUCCAAAGUUGGUUCAAGAUGUUCAGCUUGUAAUAAAUGAAUUAGGAAUGAUUACGGUCCUUUGGGAUGAGCAAUGGCUUAGCACUCUUCAAGAUCUUCAUUCUGAUGUAAUGAGGCGUAUAAGUAUGUUAAAAGAUGAAGCUGCACGGAUUGUUGGAAACCCCACCCUUAGUUAUGGUGAAAAGAGGAAGUUAAAUGCAGCAAAGUACUCUGCUCUGAUGGCUCCAGUUGUUGUUGCUUUAGAGCGCCGUUUGGCAGCAACAUCUCGUGCACCAGAAACAGCUUAUGAAAUAUGGUUCCAGAAGGAAUAUCAAGAGCAGCUGGAAUUAGCCAUCUCAGCUUUUAAAACACCCCCUGGAUCUGCAGCAGCCGUAGGAGAAGCAUGGCGGCCAUUUGACACAAUAGCAACAUCUUUAGCAUCUCACCAGAGAAAGUCAUCUAUAUCUUUGAGUGACGUGGCUCCACGCCUGACAUUGCUUUCAUCUUCUGAUGUUCCCAUGCCUGGUCUUGAGAAGCAAAAUUCAGUGUUUCAUUCAUUUGAAAAUCCUAGCAUUGUCACCCAAAGCAUUAUAACCAUAUCCUCCUUCUCUGAAAAGUUAACUAUACUAUCAACAAAGACGAGACCCAAGAAGGUUGUGCUACGAGGCUCAG